AUGCAAAUCUGUCCAGUAUUCUUGUUCUGUGCUCGAGUUGUACUAAGUAAGUCAACUGUUUUAGACAAUAGGUGCCUGAUUGACAAAUAUCCACCACCAUAUGUGGUAGAUUUGCCAUUGCCACCGUGUGGUCUACAAGCUACGAAAACGUACUUACCUGAGUCAGGGAUUGCUGGAGGUGUUGCAGCGGGUGUUGAUGCUGCAAGAAAAGCGAGAGUAUGUAGUCAAAGAGACAGAAUCAUGUUCUUGUCGAGCUAUUUGCCAUUGCCACCGUGUGGUCUACAAGCUACGAAAACGUACUUACCUGAGUCAGGGAUUGCUGGAGGUGUUGCAGCGGGUGUUGAUGCUGCAAGAAAAGCGAGAGUAUGUAGUCAAAGAGACAGAAUCAUGUUCUUGUCGAGCUGUAAGCUGGAAAUGAAGUCUAAUUUUGUGCUGAGCAGUCAAAUAUUCGUAUUCACUUUUCACCCUUUGUUCGAAGCAAAAGAAAAGAAAUCACUCUUCUUCUUAUUUCGUUUAUUUCUAUAUACGUCCAUAUCAGUUAUAUACAACUUAUUUUAUAUUUUCAAUCUCUCUUCCUUUAUUACCAUGACCCUAUAUAUUUA